AAAGUGAAAAAUGCAAAAUAAGAUAAAUGAAAGAUGUGAAUGUGGGUGUGUGACUCAAUUUUUGAGUUUUGUAGAAAUGGAAAUUUCAUAGCCAGGUUGAAGGCUGCUUCUACUCCGUUUCCUCCUACCGAAGAUGAUGAAUCGCAUAGCUUUCAUCAAAUUCCGAGGUAAUUUUACCACCAACUCCUCCUUCCAUCUUCAUUCCGAAACCCCUUUCUCUUUACAUUCCGAUGUUUCCUCAAAUCGAUCUAUGUUUCAUAAAAUUACCAACUUGAAUGAUGCACUCAACCUGUUCGAUGAAAUGUCACAGAGACGCCCUCUUCCAUCUGUUGUUCACUUCACUCAGUUGUUGAAUGCUGUUACUAAAAUGAAACAUUUUUCUACCUCUCUUCAUCUUUUCAACCAAAUGUGUUCCCUUGGUGUCCCUGUUAAUGAAUUUUCUAUGAGCAUUGCAAUCAAGUGUUGUUGUCAGUUGUAUCGCACCAAAGAUGGUUUCGCAGUCCUAGGUUGUUGCUUUAGGCGAGCUAUUCCACCCAAUGUGUACAUAUAUAGUGCACUCUUAGAUGGACUCGUCCUUGAAGAUAAGAUUCUUGAAGCAGAGAUGUUAUUCAAGAAGCUCGUCAAACAAAAACUUUGUGAACCUAAUGUUGUUAUGUACAGCACAAUGAUUAAAGGCCUUUGCAAGUUCGGUAAUAACGUUACAGCACUUGCUUUGCUCAGGCUAAUGGAACAAAAACAUUGUCAGCCUAGUAUUGUUACAUAUAGCACCAUCAUUGAUAGUCUUUGCAAGGAUAAACUGAUUGAUGAUGCUUUGAAGCUCUUAAAAGAAAUGGUAUCUGACAAAGGUAUUCUACCAAACGUCAUCACCUACACUUCUUUAAUUCGUGGUCUUUGUAACUUGGGUCGUUGGGAUGAGGCCUCAAAGCUGCUAAAAGAAAUGGAGGAUGAGAACAUUUCUCCAAAUGUGCAAACCUUUACUGCAUUAGUUGAUGCAUUUUGCAAGGAAGGUAAAGUAGAAGAAGCUGAGGCUGUUAUCAACAUCAUGAUUGAGAGAGGUGAGGUUCCAAACAUAGUGACGUACAGUUCACUUAUUGAUGGUUACUGUCUUCGAGGUGAAAUGAUCAAAGCAAGGGAGAUUUUUGAUUCAAUGACACUUAGAGGUCUCGUUCCCAAUGUUGUUACUUACAGUAGUUUAUUGAAUGGGUAUUGCAAGAAUCUGAAUAUUGAGAAGGCUGAGCAAAUGUUUCGUGAAAUGUCCGGAAAAGAUUUAAAACCCGAUGUAGUUACUUACAGCACCAUGAUACAAGGAUUUUUUCAGGUUGGGCGUUGUGUAGAUGCAUGCAAACUCUUCAAUGAGAUGCAUGCACAAGGCCUAAUUCCAGACCAAUGCACUUAUCGAAUAAUUUUAGGCGGUCUUUGCAACAACCAUCUAGUAGAAGAUGCGCUCUCUUUGUUCCAGUUAAUGGGUGAUAGCAAGCUUAAUUCUGAUAUUGUUGUGUACACUAUCCUCAUUGAUGGGGCAGGAAAAUGUGGGAAAUUUCACAUUGCAAGGAAUCUUUUCCAUGAAUUAAUAGAUAAAGGCUUGCAACCUGAUGUCAGGACGUAUAAUGUGAUGAUUGGUGGUUUUUGUCGCGAAGGUCUAUUGGGGGAAGCAAAGUUGUUGUAUCUUAAAAUGGAAGAGAGUGGCUACCCACCAAAUAAUGUUACUUACUGUGUUUUUGUCCAAGGAUGUUUAAAGAACAAGCACUAUGAUGAUGUAGAGACGCUUUUACAGGAAAUGGAUUGUAGAGGUUACUCACUUGAUGCUUCGACUUUAUCGUUAUUUAUAGAUCGUAUCGCAGCUGGUUUACUAGAUAGAAGUAUGCUUAAGCUGUUAGGUAAGCUUGUGCCAAAAGAAUUAAUAGACGACCCUAGCUUGUGCGACUGGGACUGAAACUUAAAUAGUAAUUUGGAAAUUUCUACCAAAUUCGAUUUGGUCUUGAUGUGUUUGGUUCACAUUUGAUUUCAUGUGUUUGGUCUCUAGACAUUGUCCAUUUAAUGAAUUCACAACGCUUAGGCAUUUGUGUUUGUUGUA